AUUUAAUUAGAUAUUUAGUCACGUGAUAUAAACUUCCGCUUUUGGUGGAUAAAUAAAAUAUUCCCGCUAAAGACAAAAAAUAGCUGCAAUGCCAGGUGUAAGGCCAAGGCGAGCAGUCCAGGACAAUGCCCAAAGUAUGGCCGAACCUGCAUCUGAAAUGUCGGUUGACAAUGACGAUGAUAGUGAUGUUGAAGAUUCUCCUGUGAGCAAGCCUGCCGGUAGAGGUCGCGGAAAGGGAGGUCGGGGAGCAGCCAGUGGAAGCAAGCGUGGUCGAGGCGGAGGUAGGGGUCGAGGAGCGAGGGCUGCCCCUGUUGCUCCUGUAGAGGAGGAGGUGGAAGGGGGCUCACUGUUUGAGAUUGUCAAGGCUGGCAGGGCCUCUCUCCAGACUGUUGUUGAUGACUGGAUCGAGAAUUAUAAGUCGGACCGAGACGGCUCCCUGUUGGAGCUUAUACAAUUCUUCAUCCAGUGUUCCGGAUGUAAGGGGAAGAUAACUCCGUACAUGUACUCCAAUAUGGAACAUGCCGAGAUAAUCCGUAAAAUGACAGAGGAGUUUGAUGAGGACAGCGGAGACUACCCCCUGAUUAUGACAGGGCCACAGUGGAAAAAGUUCAAGUCUAACUAUGUGGAAUUUGUCCAGGUGUUGGUGCGCCAGUGCCAGUACAGUGUUAUCUAUGACCAGUAUAUGAUGGACAAUAUCAUCUCUCUGCUCACUGGACUCACUGACUCCCAGGUCCGAGCAUUCAGACACACCAGCACACUAGCAGCUAUGAAGCUUAUGACAGCUUUAGUGGACGUUGCCCUGAACCUGAGUAUCAACCUAGACAACACACAGCGCCAGUAUGACUCUGAGAGACAGAAAACAAAGAACAAGCAGGCCACAGAGAGGUUGAACCUGCUGCUGGUGAAGAGACAGGAGCUUGAGGAAAACCAGGCCGAGAUCAGGAACAUGCUGACAUACAUCUUUAAGGGCGUGUUUGUCCACAGAUACAGGGACACACAGGCUGAGAUUAGAUCUAUCUGUAUGAAGGAGAUCGGAGUCUGGAUGAAAAAAUAUCCCAACAUGUUCCUGGACGAUGGAUACCUGAAAUAUGUCGGGUGGACACUCUAUGAUAAGGUUGGAGAUGUCCGCUCCGGCUGUCUGAAGGCCCUCUACCCUCUCUAUGACACUACAGACCUCACUCACAAACUAGAAUACUUCACAAACAGAUUCAAGGACCGUAUAGUUGAGAUGACUCUGGACAAGGAAACCGAAGUGGCCGUCCAAGGGGUCAAGCUGGUCAUCAGCAUCCUCACGAGCUUUGGAGAUGCUGUACUCAGUGAUAAGGACUGUGAGAAUGUGUACGAGUUGGUCUACUCCUCGCACAGACAGGUUGCCCAAGCAGCUGGAGAGUUUCUGAAUGCGAAGCUGUUUCGUCAUGAAGAUAUUGAGCAGAGUGUGAUGCGGACAGCCAAGGGGAAGAAGAGAAGUCCCAACACACCGCUGAUACGCGACCUUGUACAGUUCUUCAUUGAGAGUGAGCUUCAUGAACAUGGAGCUUACCUAGUGGACAGCUUGUGGGAUAUCAACCCUAUGACCAAGGACUGGGAGUGUAUGACUGACUUACUGCUGGAGGAACCUGGAAAAGGCGAGGAAGCUCUUGAUGACAAACAGGAGACCAGCCUUAUAGAGAUAAUGGUGUGUUGUGUGAAACAGGCCGCCACUGGAGAGUCACCAGUCGGCAGGGGGUCCUCAAAACAGAAGCUGACAACCAAAGAGAAGCAGUCAGUGCAGGAUGAUAAAACCAAACUGACAGAGCACUACAUCGUGGCCCUACCACAACUCUUGUUGAAGUAUCUGAUGGACCCAGAGAAGGUGAGCAACCUGCUACAGAUCCCCCAGUACUUUGACCUGGAGAUAUACACCUCCAGCAGGCAGGAGAAGAAUUUGGAAGCCUUGCUAAGAUAUCUUCAUGAGAUUGUGGAAAAACACACUGACCAAGAGGUACUGGAGAUGUGUUCACGCUGCUUUGAGAGCCUAUGUGACGAUUCAUUCGCUAUUGCUGGCAAGUGUGACGUUGCCAGGAAAACGCUGGUAGACAGCCUUGCGGUCAAGUUCAAGGAGGCAAUGCAAGACUUUUUUGCUGAGGGAGAACAACCCGAUGAAGAUGAGGUGUAUGCCCUUAUUGCAGCCUUGAAGCGCCUGUAUGCAUUUUCCUGCUGCCAUGAUCUGAGUUCCUGGGAAUUGUGGGAAGAUUUGUUCCAAGUCGUGAGGCUGGCUUCUGAAAGUGUGGACCUACAUGACGAGAUUGUGUGUAAGGCUCAGAAGACGCUACAGAUGUUGUUACUCUGGAACCUGAAGAAGCUUGAUGAGGUACCGAGUGAGGAUCACGCGCUCACUGUGAGGAAAUACCAGGUGGAUCUCCUCAAGUACUGCCAUCAACUCCUUUUCCACACCAGCGACAAGAUUAGUGAGGAGGCUUACCUGACAAUAUGCGACAGCCUAGUGGUCUAUGGGAAGCAGCUUGCGGAGAGGGAGAGCCAAAACGUGCUGGUGUAUGAUCCGGACAAGAGCCUGCAGAAUCGUCUCACGUCCUUCCUUAUGGACAAAGUCUUCCUAGAGGAUGAUGAUGAUGAAGUGGAUGAGAACAUAAAGAUUGAGGAGCUUCACAAACGACGUAACUUCCUCGCCUGUUACUGCAAGCUGAUUGUGUAUAAUGUCAUCCACAUCACUGCUGCUGCUCCAAUGUUCAAACACUACAUGAAGUUCUACAAUGACUAUGGUGACAUCAUCAAAGCCACGUUGAGCAAGUCACGAGAAAUCAACAAGGUCACCACGGCCAAGACUCUCAUAACAAGUCUCACUCAGUUAUUCCGGGAGCUCCAGGAUGAGGGUAAUGGUAUGAUUGACCGCUCCGCUGAUGCUUUCCAGUCUAUAAAGGAACUGGCUAGGAGGUUUUCCCUGUCGUUCGGUCUCGAUCAGGUCAAGAACAGAGAGGCAGUGGCGGCAAUGCACAGGGAUGGGAUCCUAUUCAGCAUUGCCAAUGUGGACCUGAAUGAUAUGAGCAAGGCGCCGCCCAACAUUGCCUUCCUGGAGGUGCUGUGCGAGUUCACCAACAAACUAAUGAAGCAGGACAAAAAGACAGUCCUGAACUACUUGGACAAGCAGCUAGCGGGCGUUCCCCCGAUCCAGCGCAACUCUGACGACUGGCAGGCGCUGUUCACAUAUCGGAACUCCCUCGUACAGGGCGAGCACGAGAUCCAUCCCAUCACUCUGAAGCAGGCUGCACAGAAAAGAUAUGGCAAACGUAGGAACGUCACCAAUAUGGACGGUACAAUGACGGAGGAGACGUCCAAUCACAGCUGGGACCACGGCCAGGCGGCAACCCCUGCCCCAGGCCUGGGAAUGCCCCAACACCAGUCCACCACCUACCACGCGGCCACCAAGAGGAGACGUAUGGACGAAGAGAGUAAUGCAUCAGAGCCGGGGUCAGAGGUUGACUUCCAGGAAGCCUCAUUGUCGGCGUACAACCAUCAGUACAGACAGGCAGGAGGGGACUUCAGGCGCCAGGGAGACAUGCCCCAGUUGGAGCCCGAGACAAGUGAGCCCAGCAUCAGUGAAUAUGAGAGCCCUCAGAUAGCUGCCCAGUAUGCUCGACAGCAACACAGGAUGUAUGAGGAGGCGUCACAGAAUAUCGACGACCACUCUCGUUCACAUCCCGGAGUGAUUCAGCAGAUGUCACAACAUAGCCACCCACCCCCAUCUCUGACCCCCCACCCUCCUCAACCCCUCACCCCGCUCCCUCCCCCUCUUACCCCCCAACAUCCCCAUACCCCAAUGACUCCCAACCCAAGUCACAUGAUGGGGGGCCACCAGGGUCACAUGAUCCCCCAUAGCCAUUCCCAUCAUAUGCCCCAGUCCCCUAUGACCCCCCAUGGAGUAAUGUCCCCGUCACCCAUGACCUCUCAUGGAGUUAUGCCCCAAUCCCCCAUGAACCCCCAUGGGGUAAUGUCCCCUUCACCAAUGACUUCCCAUGGAAUCAUGCCUCAAUCCCCAAUGAACCCCCAUGGGGUGAUGUCUCCCUCAGCCAUGACCUCCCAUGGAAUCAUGCCUCCAUCCCCCAUGAACCCUCACGGGGUGAUGUCCCCCGCCCCACUUACUCCUCACCCCCCUCACUCUCACCACAUGCAGCCCCCUACUCCACAGAACAGGGGUCAGGCCCAUGCUUCAGACUACAGCACUCAUGGAUCGUACUAAAGAUGUGUUGCCAUGGAUUCCAAAGAAUAUUUCUUCCUAUUCAUUGUGUUGUAAAUGCUGUUGUACUGUCAGUAAUAAUGUUUCAAGUAUUUUUUGUAAUAAAUCCAAGUUGCGAGUGAUUUUAAAUUGUUUCCUGAUAGAGAACAAGGGUAAAGUCAUUACAGCAUUGAGAGUGUUUAAAGGUUUCAUUCAUUUACUUGUUAGCACUAAGGCUGUUUUUGCCCAAUAUUUUAGAUUUGUUUUAUAAAAAUACACUGUUGGCCAUUUAUCUCUGGACAAAACCAUUAUGUAAGGGUUUUAAAAAUGCUGAUGUCAGUGUUAAAAGGGUGCUGUGGUGUUACAGAAAUGCUGGUAUUUUUCAUUAACAUGUUAGUACAAAGAUUUAUUCCAAUAUUUUAAAUUUGUUUGUAGAAAUACACUGUUGGCCAUUUAUCUCUGGACAAAACUAUUGCUCAUAUCAGUGUUCAAAAGGUGCAGUGGCAUCAAACAAAUGCUGAUAUCAUUCAUUUAUAUGAUUAAGUACAAAAAAUUAUUCCAAUAUUUUAGAUUUUAUUGUAAAAAUACACCGUUGGCCAUUUAUCUCUGGACAAAACUAUAACUAGUAUACAAGUUUUUCAAAAAUGCUCAUAUCAGUGUUAAAAAGGUGCUGCGACAUCAAACAAAUGCUAUUUUUCCUGUUUGCGAACCAAUAUUUCUCACGCAUGCCGAUCACAUGACCAUUGAUAAUUUACUGCAAUGUGGGUGGCAUGUAUUCUUGUCCACACAUUUAUGGUCAAAGGUGUACUACAAGAAGUGUUUUUUUUGUUUUACUUAUUGCUGGUGUUAUUUCAUAUUAGAAAUUUUAUCAUUAUAUGCUAAUGAGGUAUAUUCUUUUAUUGAUAAAUUCUUUUAUUGAUAAAUCUAGUCAAUUUAAUCAUGGUGUAUUAUUUCUUUCAUUUAUUUUUUUUUUUUUCAUUAUAAUAGUUAUAUAAUAUUGCUGUUUUAAAUGUAAAUCGUGUGCUAUUCUUGUUGUCAGAUUUUGUAGACAUUGUGAAAUAUAUAUGUAUGUGUUCAUGUAUAGAUCUUAAGAAUAGGCCAGAACUGAAAUAUAUUAAUAAAAUAAAGAAAAUCUGCCAGCCUGCCCCAUAUUUAUAGGGAAACUUAAAAUCCAGAUGAGUAUAUGAUUAUUUUUAUUUUGUCUGGCCUUUCUAUUGAGAAUAAAAAAAAUGUGCCAUUUCUUGAACUUCUAGCUUUUAGAUUUAUAUAAUAUUAUCAGUUCUGCCCAGGAAACGACUUACUCGAGAGUGAUUUUAUAAGCUAUCAGUUCUGCCCAGGAAACGACUUACUCGAGAGUGAUUUUAUAAGCUAUCAGUUCUGCCCAGGAAACGACUUACUCGAGAGUGAUUUUAUAAGCUAUCAGUUCUGCCCAGGAAACGACUUACUCGAGAGUGAUUUUAUAAGCUAUCAGCUUUCAUUUCAAAUAAGUACAAAUAA